AUGGUCCCGGAGCUCGAGGACCUUGAGAAGAAGGGUCUCUUUAGCAAGCCCGAGAUCAAAUCGAUCAUAAAGAAACGCACCAAACUGGAGUACGCUAUUCGACGCCGCAUUCCCAAGAAGAUCGACUUUCUACGAUACAUUGAGUAUGAAAUGAACGUUGAGGCGUUACGUAAAAAGCGCAAAGCCCGUAUCAAUACUAAGAGAGGCGACGACGAGGAGUUCGGCAUCUCUGAAUUCUCCAUCAAGCAACGUAUCAACGCCCUCUUUCAACGUGCAUUGAUGAAGUUUAAGGGUGAUCUGGCACUUUGGUUGGAAUACAUUGAGCACGUCAAGAGCACCAAGGCCAACAAUCUACUCAGCGGCAUCUUUGUAAAUGCAUUGCAGAUUCAUCCUACCAAAGCUUUAUUGUGGAUCAUGGCUUCUUCAUGGGAGUUCGAGCACAAUGCCAAUCCUGCAUCUGCACGAGUGCUUAUGCAGAGAGGUCUUCGAUUGAACCCAACGGACGAGUUGUUAUGGCACGAGUAUUUCCGCUUGGAAUUGCUAUAUGUUGAAAAGAUCAAGUUGAGACGACGUGUUCUUGGUGUUGAUGACGAAUCCUUGGAGAAGCAAAAUAAUGGCAAAGAGGAAGACAAGAUGGAUGUUGACUGGAAGGAUGAUGCGAUUAAGCUUCCCACGAUCACUGGUGAAGAAGCUGAAGAUUGGAAAAACGCCAGCGAUGAACGAAAGACGGUGAAGAAGAUGGAGGAAUCUGCAGCUGAGGCACUCAAGGAGGGCAACAACCCUAUUUUGCAAGGUAUCUUGGCAACCAUUGUGUAUGAUAAUGCUAUCCAAGCAAUUCCCAAUGAUCUUGAAUUCAGAACCAAGUUUAUCGACAUUUAUCGCCAAUUCACCAAUCCUGAAAAGGGAUGCGAGCAUGUUGUGGAGACGAUUCAACGGGAUAUGGCCGAUCAGCCUGAUGCGAAGGCGUAUCUUGCAUCACGACAUUUGUUUGUUCAAAAGACUGAGGAAGAUGGCACAUCAAAGUAUAUCGCAUGCAGCGACCCAGCAUUUGUUCCUGCAUUGAAGGCAUGCGUUGAAGAGUUCAAUCAAGCUAUUCAGGACUUACCCACUGCCGAGAUGCAUGAAAGAUACAUUGAUUUCUUGCAGGGAUGGAUUGAUAUUACAACUGAAGAGAACAUGCAAUUAUAUCUGCGGAAGGUCCUCCAACGAGUGUUCAAAUCAGCACAAAAGAAGAAUGUCCUCUCGCCAAAGAUUUACCAACUGCACAUUGAGAACCUGAUGGAUAGCGAUAAAGAAAAAGCACAUCAAGUGGCCAUUAAUGCCACUGAAGCAUACCCACGUUCCGCCGAGCUCUGGAUUGUUCGUAUUGAUUUGGCAAAGGUGGAUGAAGACAAGGCAAAAUUGUUCAAGAAAGCGCUGGAUCGCUGUCCAGAAUCAUACAGCUUAUGGGAUUCUUACAAUGACUGGAUCAACAAGCAACAUGAAGAAGAGGCAAUGUCGACUGAAGAAACCGACAAGAUGUAUACACGUGCAUGUGAAUCGGUCACAUCCUUGCUGCCAUCUUUAACUACAUCAACCGAAGAGCGUGAUCGCAUCAAAGAUCUUGUAUUAUCAGGCUAUGUGGAUUGGGCACUUCGAACCAGUGGCAUCGAUGGUGCAAGAACAGCAUAUCGCAAAAUCAUUCAAAACUUUUAUCCAACUACUGCAUUUUACUACACAUGUCUUGGCAUUGAAAAGGAACACGGCAAAGACGAUAGCAUUGAAUACGUUUAUGAGAUGGCAUUGCGAUCCAAUGAUCGUAAAGAAGAACUCUACCGGGAAUACAUUACGCAUUUGCGAGAACAAAGGAAAUUCAAGAAGGCGGAUCAUGUAUUAUGGAAAGCAUGUAAAGAAGUGCCUGAUUUUGACACAAAAGCAACCAAUUAA